AUGUUAAUAAAUGUCAAUGCUUCAAUAUGUCCAUCUGUUCGACAAACUAAAGCUAACGAAUGUUCUAAUCCGAAUGGUAAUACAUGUCUUUUCAUCGUUUGCGAAAAUGGUGGACAAUGUAUUGAUGAUCCAACAACUGCUGAUUGUUUUAAAUGUCAAUGUUCAUCUGGUUACACGGGAAAGAUGUGCGAUACUCCUCUGACUACUUUUCCUAGUAAAUGUAAUUCUGAAUGUCAAAAUGGAGGAAAAUGUGAAUUGAUAGCAGGAAAUAUUUAUGGAUGUGUAUGUCGUGAAGAAUUCACUGGUACUCAAUGUGAAACUUCUAUACUAAUUAAUCAUCCAUGCAUAACAAUGCCAACAAGUAUAUGUCAAAAUGGUGGUGUCUGUACAAUUCAUGGACUUGAUUAUCGAUGUAAAUGUGCAACCGGAUGGUCAGGCACUAAUUGUCAAACAAAAGACCUAAUAAGUUCAUGUAACCCGAGUCCAUGUGGUAUUCAUGGUACUUGCUUUGAAGUGGAUCUACCUAUCGGUCUGACAGCAUAUUGUACUUGUGAAAACCGAUGGACAGGAAAAUAUUGUGAUGUCAAUAUAGAUGAUGCGAAUUGUCCCACUGGAUAUUGUCUAGCAGGUGGAACCUGUAUAAUGAAUGGAAAUAUUCCAUACUGUAUUUGUCCACCCUUGUAUACAGGUCAGCAAUGUCAAUCUUUAGUUGAUGCUUUAGCAACUACUACGACUACGACUACGAGUACUACACCAAUAAUAAUAAAUGUAGGAAGUUGCUUAUCAAAUCCUUGUUUACAUGAAGGAACAUGCUUAACGGGCAGCAAUAAUUUCAUAUGUGUUUGCAAACUUCCAUGGACAGGAUUGACGUGUGCGAUCGAUGGUACUAUAACAACAAUUCCUAUUCUAACGACAACCACAACGGUUUCAACAACCAGUAGUGCAUGCUCUUCAAAUCCAUGUAAGAAUGGUGCAACAUGCUUGGGCAAUAAUGAUGCAUAUAGAUGUGUAUGUCCACCACUUUGGUCGGGUAUUGUCUGUGACCAAUUGUUAAUCACAGUUACAACAACAGAUAUAACUACUACCAUUACAUCAAAUUCAAUGACAUGUGCAAAUCAACCAUGUAAAAAUGGUGGAACUUGUGUUCCUGUUGGUAAUUCAUAUUCUUGUUUUUGUGGAUUAAGCACUAUUUAUAAUGGUAAAAAUUGUGAUUCAACUACACCAAUGACUACGAAUGAAUGUCCAUUAAACUGUGCACCUGGCCGUUGUAUAUUCUCUGGUUAUUCACAAAGACCAUAUGCUUGUUUAUGGAAUGGAAUUAUGCGUCCGUCAGAGGGUACUACUGGAUAA